AUUUAAAUAGAAUAAUAGCUAUCAUACUAGUAUUUAGUCUUAUAUAAUAAUUAACUGUGAUAAAUGAAGUUCACAAUAUGCAAUCACAACUGGGUACAAACGGGAUAGAGGCCCUCUGGUGGGCGGAUUAAUCACUGUUUGAUAUAACAAGCACAAUGAACACAUCUGGUUAAUGACAUUAUCGAUAAAUUCAACUAUUGGAUUCGGAAGUUUCAUUCAAUGUCUCCCGCCAAACACACACAACUAUCCAGUACACAUGAGUCAGAGAAUGUUUACUGUUUCUAGGAACUUGAAUAUAAUGUAGGACACGGUAGCGUACUUAGCCUUAAACCGGUCAAUUACUGCAGAUGACUUGCUGCAUUUUGACUGAAUCAUCGAAGUGCUUGUUACUACUUGACAACGCUUUGGUACACAGUACACAAUGGCUUUGACUCUGCAUCCCUUUACAAAUGUGACGAUUGCUUUUUUUCGCCUGACACAAUUAGCAAUGUUCAGCCUCUGAACACAAUCAUUAUAGCGGUCUAAAUGCACAAUCUGCGUCGCAUGCGCUUGACAAAAUGAUAGAUUACUCUUUAAUUGAUAUUAAACUGACUGCCCAGGUGGAAACAAUGAGCUCUCGUCAAGCUAUUACAUGAAAUACUUUUCCUUAUUAGCCGCCGUCAAGUUUCGCAGUGCCGGUACCGCAAUCGGCUUCUCAUAAUCUACUAUGAGCAAGCAGAGCCAGAAGACACUCAAUGCUGCUCCGCCUACAUACUGGUGACCCAUGUCUCUAGAUGAGCUGCUCAAAACUCCAAACGAGAAUGUCGCCUCUCAAGAUCGGAUUUUGGUGGCGUCAGUGCAAAAAAUGAAAAUCAAAAUGUCAAAAACAAGCUUGAAGGUAAAAGUGCAUCUGAAGUGGUUCGUGAAUUGCCGAGUGGAUGAUAGGUCAUUUCAGACUUCUAAGAAACGCAGCAAACGCUCCACGGAGACUAGAAGAGGCAGGCAAAAACUCGCUCUUCGAUUUUUCAGAUGACUUGUUACAAUUCAGAUUUGACUAUAGUCGGAUUGAUUUUUUGUUAGUUGCCAGAGAGACUUGCAAUGCCUCAUGCUCUUUUAUUCAGGUCGACACCCAUCGAUAGAUUAAGUCUUUUCUUUUGAGGCAUUAUGCCCAAUGCAGAUGACGCUUGUCCAG